AUGUUCUCUAAACCGUCCUGAGGUACUGAAGAGGUUAACAUUUUUUUUUAAAGGUUAUGGGGAUGUUCUCCAAACCAUCCUGAGGUACCGAAAGGUUCCCAAGCUGUUACAUUUUUUUAAAAGUUAUGGGAACGUUAUAAGAAUGUUCUCCAAACCAUCCUGAAGUACUGAAAGGUUCCCAUUUUUUAAAGUUAUUGAACAUUAUAAAAACGUUCCCUCAACCAUAAGGCGCAGCUGAAGUUAAAUACUUUUUUCUGGAAAUCUAAACAGGAACUGUUCUGGGAACCAAUAACCGUUGCUUCGACGCCACCAUUUUGAAAUAAUUUGAGUACUUUACCUUUAACCUACUCAAGUCUGCUGCGUUUAUGAAACAAGUCACGUGACAAGACCCUGGCCAAUCAGAAUGAAGCUCUCACUUCCGACUCUCGCGUGCAGUCCUCCGACUCCAGACACUGGAGUAACCGCACGAGCAGGUCUCAUCACUGUGUGUUUAAGAUGCAUGUCGACACUUACGUCAUUACUGGAGGCGGAGGAUAUUUUGGCUUCCGCCUUGCUUGCUCUCUCAGCAAGAAGUCCUUCAGAGUCGUCCUGUUUGAUGCGAGGUCUCCUAGUGAAGCGUUACCCGAGGGCGUGGAGUUCAUCCAGGGUGACGUUCGGGAUUUCACGCAGGUGGUAAACGCGUUGCGCGGCGCAGACUGCGUUUUCCACAUCGCGUCGUACGGGAUGUCCGGGAGAGAGCAACUCAACAGGAAGCUGAUUGAAGAGGUAAACCUUCAGGGGACGGAAAAUGUUAUUCAGGCGUGCGUGGAUCUCCAGGUUCCUCGACUGGUAUACACCAGCACCUUCAACGUGGUCUUCGGUGGCCAGGUCAUAAAAAACGGUGACGAAACACUUCCUUAUCUGCCUUUACACCUCCAUCCGGACCACUACUCCAGGACAAAGUCAUUGGCAGAAACACGGGUGCUAAAGGCUAAUGGAUCGCAUCUAGCGGGUGAAGGUGGGGUCUUGCGCACGUGCGCCCUCCGUCCGGCUGGGAUUUACGGCCCGGGAGAGGAGCGACAUCUUCCUAGGAUUGUGGGAUACAUCGAGCGUGGCCUCUUUAAGUUUGUGUACGGAGAUCCUGAGAGUCUAGUGGAGUUUGUCCACGUUGAUAACCUAGUCUCUGCGCACGAGUUAGCUGCGGAAGCGCUAACGGAUAAACGUCAGCACCGUGCUGCCGGACAGGCUUACUUUAUCUCAGACGGCAGGCCGAUCAACAACUUUGAGUUCUUUAGGCCGUUAGUGGAAGGUCUGGGCUACUCCUUCCCCAAGCUACGGCUUCCGGUUUCUCUCAUUUACUUCUUUGCGUUCCUCACAGAGAUUGUUCACAGCGUCAUCGGCCGUGUCUACAACUUCCAACCUCUUCUGACGCGUGCUGAAGUUUACAAGACUGGAGUCACACACUAUUUCAGUAUGGAGAAAGCCAGAGCCGAGCUCGGUUACAACCCCAAGAAGUAUGACCUUGGAGAAGUGGUGGAGUGGUUCAGGAGCAGAGGGCAUGGGAAAAAGCAAGUCACUUCGCCCAUUAAAAAACUGAUCCUCGACGCUGUGCUGUUUCUUAUCAUUGUGGCGUUGGUUCUCUCUUUCCUGCCAGUCGUGGGUCAAUAAAGUGCCACAGCAGAGCUUUCAGUGUGUUCAGUUUUUCUAUACAUUUCUAUUUUAAAAAAUAAGCGUUAUAUCUCCGUUAAUAAAAAUGUUUCCUGGAAAACUAAACAGGAACCAAAAACAAACAUUCCCAGAACGUUCUGGGAACCAGUCGUUGUUAGAUUUCUGUUGACCAAUCAGAACGUUAGAAGUUUUAAAGUUUUCUUUAGCUACCCUCCGAUGACUAAAUACACAGCACCAUGUACACGUAUACUAACUUAAAUCUCCUUGUACCUGUACGAACUAAAGACGCUUAUGAAACAAGUCACAUGACAAGAACUUGACCAAUAAGAACGGAGCACUACAAAUCAACAGUAUCCAGGGUGAGAAACUGUUUUUUGGACAGUGUAAAUCUUUAGAGUAUCUACGUUGGACCAUCUAGAGUGUGUGAUUGUUCUGUAACCUAUCAUUGUGUGUUAUUUGUAUUCACAAUUUUUUGUUGUGUCAAUGAAUUAACAUCAUACUGCAGUAUUUGGUUAUCUUGGCAGAAGUUACCUGAUUUACUCAUGUUAUGUGUGUGUGUGUGUGUGUGUGUGUGUGUGUGUGUGUGUAUAUAAUAUACACACACACAUACCAGACUGAGAGAUUAAAGGGUCAGGAAACCUUCACAGGUGUUUUGAGUUUAUUAUCAGAUUAGAGUUCUUCUCAGGUCGACAUUUCUUUAUUAUAAAUUCUUUAUUCUAAUAUUUUGAGAUACUGGAUUUUUGAUUUCCGUGAGCUGUGAGCCGUAAUCAUCGAGAUUAAAACAAAAAAAAGGCUUGAAAUAUUUCACUUUGUGUAAUGAAUCUAGAAUAUAUGAAAGUUACAUUUUUUUUUCAUUAAAUUAUAGAAAAAAUGUA